GAUGACACAGAAAACGCACGAAGAAGACCAGUUCAGCCGCUGCGCAUGCACACGGGGUUGAACUCGCCAGUGGUGGAAGAGAUCUGAAAUGUCGUCUUCAGUCGCCUGUCGAUAUAAUGUUUACUUAUAAUUAUUAUCAUUAAAAAUGGACUGUCAUAUUGGUGCCGCUGAAGAAGAACCAAAAAAGACAGGCUCACUGCACAGAGGCGGUCACUCACCAGAAAUGGAACGCAACCCAUCACCUCCUCCAGAGGCAGAAGCUGCAGAUGCCAUCGGUGACACAGUUUACAGCAAACACUGGCUUUUCAGCACCCUGACUCGCGUCAUCCAGAUGGUCACAAAGCCUUCAGAGGAGGAUUCAGAAGGUCAGAUGCAGCUGACAGAUGACGAUGAAGAAGAUUUGUGUCGAGUUUGGGAUAUGGCCAUGGAUAGGGAUGUUGCUGGUUUCCUGCAGGAAUUCAAAGCUCCAGACAUCCUUCUUGGCGUGAUAGCCAAAUCUGGCAGUCCACGUCUGACAGAAAUUUGCGUAGGAAUACUUGGGAACAUUGCUUGUUUCCCUGAUUCUUGCCUGCCUCUCAGCCAGAAUGAAGACUUGUGCGCUGUGCUGUUGCUUCUGUUUGGAGAUACUGAUCCACCAACCCUCCUGGAGGCAAGCAGGUUGAUCCUGACCUGUGUGUCUCAAAAAGAUGUCUGUGCCCUUUGGCUUCAACGAAUACGGCAACAGACGUCUCUGCGUUACAACCUCCUUUUCAUCAUGCGCAGCUCAACAAAUACGGACCUGCUAGAGAAAGUGGGCGAGCUUGUUGACAAGCUGUUUGACAUUGAUGAGGAGUUGAUGAAAAGUUGGAUCACAGCUCAGCCAAGUGAGGAAGAGGGUGAUGAUGUUGACAGCCCUCUGGACAUAGCCCUGUGCCUUCUUGAAGCUGCCAAGCAGCUUAGACUAGAGAAUCCGAAUGGCUUGGAAGUUUACCUACACAUUAUGCACCUCCUAACCACAGUAAAUGAAGGCAUUCAGCUGUUUGCUUCCAGUGAUGGACCAGGUCAAGCAGUAUGGAACUUUGUAUGUGAGAUUGUAUGUGAAGACUUGUGUCAGCCAAAUGAACUUGCAAUUGUUGUGCAUGAACAGAAAGGCACUUUGGUGCAGGCCUUUUCUGUCUUGCAAGCUCUCUAUACAAACCAGAAGCAGCUGACCAGCAAAGACGAUGCAUGUUUACCUCUUUUUGGCACCAUUUUGCGCGUGAUUCAUUACCAGAGUGAGCACAAAGAUGAGUUUUCCCGUAAUGAAGAUGCACAAGACAAGCAGUUUCAGACUUUAGCAGAGAUCACAACUGAAUUUCUAUCUGACAUGUGCACUCAGACGUCAAAGGACACCGUAUCAGCUUUGGUAAAGGAAUGUUACCUGACCGAGAAGAGUGUUGUAACAACUUUCGGCUGUUUACUUCCCAACUAUAAGACUUCAUUUGAUCACCUGCUUCUCAUGUUGUCAGCAAGCAACCCUCAAAUGGCUGACAAGGUGAAGAAACAUUUUCCUGUCUGACGGCUGCUGCAGGUCAGUUUUCCGCUCUCUCUUGGAGGGUCACGUCUGCUGUUUCUAGAAGUUUCUUGGGUCCUGGCCUAAUAUUUGGCUUUCCAUUUUAGAAACCCAUUAAUUCAUCCGCAUCUGUAUGUCAUUUAUCAAAAAGAUGUUUUUAGUUUUUCCUUUUAGUCUCCAAUGUUUUAUGUAGGUUAUUUUGGUAUUUUGUAUUAUUUCUUUUUUAAAGUAAAUAAAGAUCAUUUCAUUUUCAUGAA